CGAAACCAAAAAAAUAAAAAACAACAAAAGAGAGUGAGAGAGAGAGAGAAAAAGAACGUUACCUUUUGUAUUGUACCUCACCUGUUACUACCACUGGGUCCUCUUCAAUGAUAUGCGUUGCGUUGGUUAGGUUUCAUUUUCACCUUUCUCUUCCGAUCCUCCUCCUUCAUGGGUUGCUUCUUCGCUUGCUUCAGAACUACUGAUGACAAUCGCAACCGCAACCGUAACCGUAACCGCCACCUUCCCACCACCACCACCGCCGCCGUGCCUUCUCGUUCCAACAACGAUAUUGCGGGUUCUCGAAAUCGAUUGUCAAGUUUGUUUCUAUCAGAAGAGAGGGAAGACAACUCUACGCGGCGCGAGGGCGACGCGAAGAAUUUUGAUGCCAUAGGGCUUGAAGAUGAGGCCAAGUUUCUCAAAGCUUGUGGUACCUUGACAAGGACCCCGGCGGAAAUUCGGAAAGCAUCUCAGAAACUGAAAGUGUCACCUUCUUGUGGUAAAGAUUCCAGUCCUUCAAGGUUUCACUCUUGGCUUCUUGGUUCAUCUGCUGAGAAAGUUCAGCUUGAUGGAGAAUGGGAAAAAAGAAUAGAUUCUUCAGAACACACACCAAGCAGCUGUAUCUCCAAUGCACAUAAUUCUCAAUGUGACUCUCUUGAGUCUACAGAAAGAAGUAGGACAGAAAACAAUACAGCUUCUGUUUCCCAUUGGCCAUCAGCCAGCUACACUAAGAAGAGGAACAAGUCGGUACGUUUUGAAUGUGAUACUGAUAUAUCAUCCUGUGACUCGUCUGACAUUGGUGGAUGGCGUAUGAAGAAAACAGAGUCACCAAAUCCGACCCCAAUGAAGCUAUCUGAUGACAUGCAAACUCCUGGCACUGUUUACCCUGCAACACUAGAAGACUUACCAAAUGGUAGAGCUCGAGUUAAGUCCCAGUUUGUGUAUCGAGUUGGCAACAACCUAUGUGAGGAUGUCUCUCGGAGCAAGGUACCUGAGGAAGAUGUUUAUAUCCCUGAGCAAGCUUCGUGGAAGCUGAGUGAAUCAAUUGAGCAGUCUCAAAAUGCAACUUCUACACCACAAAAAGGGUUGAAGAAUGAAAAUGAACCGAAGGUGGAUGACAGCUUAUCUUCUUGGUUGAAGCCUGCAUCUGUCAUUCUGGAGGAGAGAAACAAGAGAAUGCAGAUUGCUGAUAAUCAGAUCCGCAAAACCCCUGCUGACAGGCCCAUCAUUGGGAUGGUUGCUGCACACUGGAGUGAAGAUGAAGAUUCUCAAGUUCCUCCUCCUAAAUGGUGGGAUGGCAAUGGCAUUCCCAAUUCAACUAAUAAGUACAAGGAGGAUCAAAAAGUGAGCUGGCAUGCAACACCAUUUGAAGAGAGAUUAGAGAAGGCAUUAUCUGAGGAGAGCUUCAUCCCUCAAAGGAAGGACGUAUUGGGAAACCCAAUUGCUUUUGAUGAGAAUGAAGAGAGUGAUACUGCAUUAUCUCAGCUGCAACCUUCAACUCAUCCACAGUCUGUGGUGUCAUUCUGAUAUCUGUAGUUGUUGAUCUCACCGUGCUCUCUGGUGUAACAGAUAUUUGGCAUUUAUGGAAACUAAGUCUGAAUAUUCGCUCAACAUGCUGAUUGAUUGGAACCAGCAGUUGAUUGUUCAAUUUUUGUGAUAAUAUAGAGCUAUCAGGCCAGCUUGCAUUGUACAUAAUUGAUGAGAAUUAUUGGGUAACAUAAUUGGUAUUGAGGAUUUGGUA